GAGGGCGUAUGUCCAAGCUGACGUUUUUAGGACGUUGUUGUUUGUCGUCUGAUUUACUGCCAGGGAAAUGGUUUAAGUUUUUACGUAUAAAACUUGCCCUUUUUUAACCGUGAGAUAUUUAUUUUUGUGUGUUUAAAGUAUUUUAUGAAUCGAAUAUAAGGAUAGAAGACUAACCAUAAAGAAUACAGUCGUAAAGAUAAGUUUCCGUUUGGACGAUCUAAGCCUAACAAGAUGGCGUCGGGUGCGACACAAGAUGGAAUUGAGGAGCAAAUUCGUGAAAUCCAAGCAAUGAAAGCUGGUAUAACAGCUACCAGACAUGAAAAUGGAGAUGGAGGAGUUCCUUUAGUUGCUUCAUCAGGUUCAUACAUGGAUGAAGAUAUUUAUGGGAGUGGUAAAACUAAAUUUGAGGAUUAUGUAACAUCUAUCGCAGCCAAUGACGAAGCUGAAGCAGAUGAUGAUGAUUAUGAAGCAACUACUCUCGUUCAAAACAAACGUGCUACCUAUACAGCUCCAACAUCUUUCUUAAAUGAACUUGUUACUACAGAUAAGGAUUAUGAUCCGUUUGCCGAACGCAGAGUUCCAAGAAUUGCAGAUAGAGAAGACGAGUAUCGGGCCCAGCGCCGAAAGCUCAUGAUAUCUCCCGAGAGAAUUGAUCCUUUUGCUGAUGGUAAGUCAAUGGUUAGAAUUUUUGAAAUUCAUAUGCAAUUAUAUUAAAAAUUACUUUAAAAUUUAAAGAUUAUCAGUAGAAUGUUGUCCGUGAAAUCAGAAUACGUUAAAUUAUUUGGUUACAUUUUCCUUAAGUUGUAAAUUCCAGUACUUUUAUGUGCAGCAUGUGUUUUCAUUGUAGUCAAAUAAACAUUUUACACAACAUACAUAAUAAGAUAUUUGAAAUUAA